UCUUUAAAGAACUAUAAAAGGCCUCUGCUACAGUCUAUCUCCAGCUGCUGCUGCAAAGCAACGUUUUCGCCAAUCUGCGCAUGGAGCUGCCAUGUGUAACGCGAGUUUCCCACUGCCCUUGCUGCUGCUGUCCAUGAUUGUCCUCCCGAACCCAUCUUCUCCCAUCACCUAGAAGACGACUUAAAACCAGCAGUGUAAAAUGAUGAAACUAGAGCCUGAUUGAUAUCUGAACUCAUUCUUUAUCAUCAUGAAGCAGAGAUGGUUUUUCUGCUGUUGUUAAAAAAGGGAGCUGGAUGCUCCAAUUUUCUUGGUGCGUUUCGGACAGGAUACAAUUACCAGCAAAAAUUUAGCUUGGUGAAUGUCAAGUUAAAAUGGGUGAAGGAUAGAGUAUUGGAUGCUGUAGUGGCAGAUCAGGCAGAUCUUAAAGCAGCUUGCAUACUUGUUUCGAUCAUCUCUUCUGCUCGCGGAUGCUGCCUUCCUAUAUACCGGCUUAGACUGCAUCGUGGGCAGCUUGGGCUGCCUCAUGAUCUUAAGCUCUCUACAUUUAUCAGGAGAUAUCCUAAUAUUUUCUGUGAAUCUCAUGUUCUUGAUAGUGGAGGCACUCGUGUUCCCUGCUUUCAGUUGACUGCUGAAGCCCUAGAUCUCCGCCGUGAAGAACUUGGAAUUCUUGAGCAGAAUCAAAUUGAUUUGGUUGAACGGCUAUGCAAACUGCUUAUGCUUACAAGGGAUAGGACACUGCCAUUACAAACCAUUGACCAGCUGAGAUGGGACAUGGGAUUGCCUUAUGACUAUUUUGAUUCCUUGAUUCCACUUCACCCUGAUUUGUUUUCUUCAGUUCGCCUUCCUGACGAUCGUGUUGGCUUGAAACUCCAAGUUUGGGAUGAUCGCCUUGCUGUCUCCCAGCUGCAGAAGAAUGCUGCUUUUCAACAGAAGGAAGAAGACAUGAAAAAUGGCUGCUUAGCCUUUCCAGUUGGCUUUACAAGGGGCUUUGGAUUGAAGAGGAAAUGCAUGGAAUGGUUGGAAGAGUGGCAGAGACUUCCAUAUACUUCACCUUACUCUGAUGCCUCAGAUUUGGAUCCACGAACAGAUGUGUCUGAGAAGAGAAUUGUUGGAGUCUUUCAUGAGCUUCUCCACCUUACUGUACAUAAGAGAACGGAGCGCAAGAAUGUAAGCAAUCUUCGCAACCCAUUGUCACUGCCCCAGAAGUUCACUAGGGUGUUUGAGCGACAUCCUGGCAUUUUUUACAUCUCAAAGAAGAGUGAUACUCAGACUGUGGUUCUUAGAGAAGCAUAUGAUCGGCAACAACUUAUACAUAAACAUCCUCUUGUUGAUAUCAGGGGAAAAUAUGCAAGUAUGAUGAGAAAGGGAUUUUUGGAUAGAAGUAGAGGCUUAUACAAGAAAACAGCAUCUUCUGGUCCAGAGGAAUCAAUGAUUGUUCAUGGUGAUGAACCCACUGAUAGUUGUGAAGAAGAUUUAGGCUGUGAUUUGCUUUCCGAAUAAGGUAAUAACCCAAUGCAUGAUCCCUUAUGAAUCCUGCGGACUUGUUCAUUUUGAUUUCUACUUUGAGGAGAUUGUUUUUUAAAAUUCUCAACGAUGAAUAGAAUAAUUAUUAUAGAUCACUAUAGUUGUGAAGAAGCGGCGACAUGGAAGGAGGGGGUUUGAAUGGAACUGAUAAGCGGAUGGAUCAGUGGCUUUUCCUCUCAUAUUGUCCACGCCACCAGCAUGGUUUCUGAACUCUGCCGUGAGAACAGGUCAUCUGAUCUUGGACGUGGUCAUGGCGGAAUCCUCUUCUUUAACAGCUAUCCAUCGCCGCAGCUAGAGAAAACAUGUUCAGCACCUUCAUCCAGAGAAGGUGAAAGCUGAUUUCUUUCACGCUGAUCCUCAUCCUGGAAACCUUGCUUUUCACUAAUCUAUUAUGGUUUUGGCAUGACAUGAGAGAUCAACUUAAACACUAGAGGCUGCUCCAACUUUUCCAUGCAAUUUGUGAAAAAAAUGCAAAAGAGGCAUGCUUUCUAUCUUUUGACACUGUUUCCUUGUACAGUGAAAACCCCAAUUUCUACGCAAACUAGUUGCCACCUUUUAUUGUCAAUGCCUCAGAUUGUAUUUGAUGUUCGAGUAGAAUGAUUAUACUGAAAUUCGAUAGAAUGAUAUUCGAACUCCUGCUUGUUCGUUAAUUCAUUGAAUCAACAUUAAUUUUGAAA